UGAGAAAUGAAGCCAAUGGGUACAGACCCAAGGAUCUUAUCUCUAGCUGCUGAAGUUGCAAUAAGUCCUGAGCAGAAUGUCCCUGUUAUACUGUUGAAGUUAAAAGAAAUAAUAAACAACACACCUUUUGGAAGCUCAGAGUUGAAGAAAGUCAAACAAGAUAUAUAUUGUUAUGAUCUCAUUCAGUAUUGCCUCUUGGUCCUCAGUCAAGAUUGUUCUCGAAUCCAGGGUGGUUGGACUACAAUUUCCCAGCUUACACAGAUAUUAAGCCAUUGCUGUGUGGGCUUGGAACCAGGAGAAGAUGCAGAGGAAUUUUACAAUGAAUUACUUCCAUCAGCUGUAGAAAAUUUUCUGGUUUUGGGGAGGCAAUUGCAAACAUGUUUCAUCAACGCAGCUAAGGGUGAAGAAAAAGAUGCAUUACUACACUUUUUUGAAAUUGUGACUGAUUCUCUCUUCUGGCUAUUGGGAGGACAUGUUCAGCUCAUCCAGAAUGUACUGCGAAGUGAUCAUUUCUUACACUUACUACAAAGUGACAAUGUUCAGGUAGGAUCUACGGUCAUGACCAUGCUGCAGAACGUACUACAGAUCAACAGUGGUGAUUUACUCAGAAUAGAAGUGAAAACCCUGCAUUCAAUUUUAGAUGAAGUUGUUUUCAAACUUUUAUCAACUCCUAGUCCAGUCAUAAGAAGUACUGCUACAAGGCUCCUACUGUUGAUGGCUAAAUCCCAUCAGGAAAUUUUGAUUUUACUGAGACUAAGUGCCUGCUACAAAGGACUCAGAAGUCUACUAAAUAAACAAGAGCGUGGGACAGAGUUUAGUCAAGAACUUAGACAGCUCAUUGGUCUUUUAAGCCCUAAGGUCUAUCAGGAAGUAGAAGAGCAGAAACUGCAUCAAGCAGCUUGCUUGAUUCAAGCUUAUUGGAAGGGUUUCCAGACUAGAAAGAGAUUAAAGAAGCUUCCAUCUGCUGUGAUUACUUUGCAGAGGAGUUUCAGAUCUAAGCGAACAAAGAUGUUACUGAAGCUAAGUAGACAGAAGGAAGAAGAGGACCGCAGAUUACAACUGCAACUUCAAAGGCAGAGAGCCAUGAGACUUUCCCGAGAAUUACGGCUGAGUAUGCUUGAAAUAGUUCAUCCAGGUCAGGUGGAAAAACAUAAUCGGGAAAUAGAAGAGAAAUCAGCAUUGAUUAUCCAGAAACAUUGGAGAGGGUACAGGGAAAGGAAGAAUUUUCGCCAACAGAGGCCAUCUCUUGUGGAGUAUAAAGCAGCUGUCACACUUCAAAGAGCAACUCUUAAAUUCCUAGCAAAGUGCCGUAAGAAAAAGAAACUAUUUGUUCCUUGGCAAGAACUCAGAGAACUCACUGAUGCACGCAGAGUUGAACUGAAGCAACAAGUGGAUGACUAUAUCAGAAGACAUCCAGGCUCUGAGGUAUCAGAUGUGAUCAGCAGGGAGCUCCAUUCCCAAGCCCAAGAACGACUGCAACACUACUUCAUGGGCAGGGCUCUAGAAGAGAGAGCCCAACAGCACAGGGAGGCACUGAUGGCUCGGAUCAGCACCAACAUCGAACAGUUGAUGAAAGCACCAAGUCUGAAGGAGGCAGAAGGAAAAGAACCUGAGCUCUUCCUAAGCAGAUCCAGGCCUGUGGCAGCCAAGGCCAAGCAGGCGCAUCUUACCACCCUGAAGCAUAUACAAGCACCCUGGUGGAAGAAGCUUGGGGAAGAGGCAGGAGAUGAGAUUGAUGUCCCAAAGGAUGAACUUAGUAUAGAAUUAGGAACUUUAUUCAUUGGUGGAACCAAACCCCCUUAAGGGAGUUACCUGGAGGAAUGACAAAUUAUAUUUCUAGAGAUUAUAUUGGUUCUGCCUCUGACAUGCUAGUAGACUAGCGUUAUCCUAACUCGUGGUUUUCCAGAGGUUCCUCUCCAAAUGAGACUUGAAGGCAGUAAGCAGAGUUAUCUUCUACCUUGAUUUCAGUUCUUUCUCUUUAUCCAUACUUCCAUCCUUGGCCACACAUAAAAAUUGGUAUGACUUUUAUUAUGGAACUAAACUCAGCAUUGUGUUCUAUUGCAUAUAUGAAAUGUGAUAUUUCUGUUUUUGUUUCUGCUGUUUUCCAACUAAAGGUGUUUUCUAAAUAUUUUCAACAAUUGUUCUGAAAAA